AUGCACGAGCAAGAUCGAGCGAGUGAGAAAGCAGCAGUUGCCCGCAUCUUCGGAUUUGUUUAUGCAAGCAGGCAAGAAACCUGCAAAGACGACUUCCAGCCUCGGCAGGCCGUGCACAUUGCUUCUGGUGAGCUCGAUGCAGCGGGAGACUCUGCCUUGCAUCUGGCGGUGACUGGCGGGCAUCUCGUGUUCACGCAGGAGCUAUUGGCUGCCUCGUGCGAGGUGCAAGCCCGUGACCAUCGCGGACGAACGCCCUUGCAUGUGGCUGCCAUGGAAGGGAGCCCAGAGCUGGCUCUGGAACUCAUGACUGCCGGCGCUGAUGCCAACGACAGGGAUGAGUGGAAUCAAACUGCAUUGCAUUGGGCUUCCAUGGCGCAUUCACCCGAUCUGGUUUCAGUGCUGCUGGAUGGUGGUGCAGAUCCUUUGCUUCGCGAUAGCUUUGGCAGGACAGCUGCCUUCAUGGCUGCGGAGCAAGGCAAGCUGGAGCACUUGCAACUGUUGCUCGGAAAGGCACCUAGCGCGGCUACAAUUCCGAACAACGAGUAUUGGACCCCGCUACAUGUGGCUUCAUUUGGGCUGCAGACCGUCAAGAACUUCACAAAGCCUUUGAAGUUUUUGGAAUCGGUCAAGAUGCUACUGGCCAACAAGGCUGAAGUCGAUGCGAAGGAUGAAAACUGCCGCACAGCGCUGCACAGAGCUGCUCAAGCAGGAAGCUGUGAGCAACUUGAAGCUCUCCUCGCGGCUGGUGCGAACGUACUCAGUGCAGACGAAUGCAGAUGGACCCCGCUUCACUAUGCCAGCCAGGAAGGCCACAUCCGAAUCGCGAAGCUUCUGCUCAAUGCUAAGGCAGACGCAGAGCCCAAGCAGCCAGCUUGUCUGACACCCCUUGCGGUCGCAACUGAGCAGAAUCAGGUGAAGAUGGUGGAGUUUUUGCUCAAGCACGGCGCAGACCCGCACACACGAGCAAAAGGCCUGCAUUCUCCUCUUAUGAUGGCUCGGAGUGAUCCCAAAAAGUAUUCUGACAUACUUGCGCUCCUUGAGCUAGGCUUCAUUCACUGA